AUGGAAGAGAACAACGCCGGUAGCGACUCAGACACUAACACCGUCGAUGAUUCACAAGACUAUUACGAGCCCAUCUCAGCCGUCGAUCUAGACUGCGGAGAUGAUGAUGAUGCCGGAAACAAUGAAGAAGACAACUAUAGUCCGAUCGGUGGAGAUGGCUUCAGCAACGGACUCUCUAACGGCCAUUGUAUGAUCCCGGAAACAGAGGAACGAAUCUCUUCCAUUAGUAUAAACGGACACGCAGAGCCCAAGAGUGAGAGCGAAGAAGAUACAGAGGCGGAGACAGAGGCGCCGGAAUCGGAGAUUCGUACAGCGUUUGAGGAAGACGAACGUCGUAGAAGAUCGCCGUUAAUGGCGGACAAUGCAGCUAGGGUUAUGGAGGCAAUGCGUGCAAUCUCGUUCCCUGGAAAUGCACCUGAUUGGGCUUCUGAAGAUCGUUGGGUUGAUCAGCUUCGAAGAUUGAGAUCUACUUCUCAGAACUAA